CGAAAGGGCCGCGCCUCUUCACUUCCUCACCACCAGUCAUCAGCACCCCAUCGCCAUUCCACCACCAACGAUUACUUGGUUUUUCGACACUUUGGUGUGGCUCCCGGUGUCGAAACUCAUUGGAAUGUGUGACUUCUAGACGGUCGUGCAACGUCCUGCUCGCCCACUGGAGCGAUUCUCGACCGGGCAUCUUUUCCCUUUCUCCCUCGCCCCCUCGACUUUCCUCCUCCGCCUUCUCCGCCUUGAUCAGUUUUUGGUGUCGACGAUUUCCAGUCUGGAUUGCCGCUUGCCGGAUCGCCUGGGCUUGGUUCGCUGUCGCCAGCGGUUCCUCUCCUCGUUUCCCUAUCCGCCCCCAGACCCGACUCCCAUGUCUGAUCGCGCUUCGUCUGCGACAUUUCGAGUUGGAUUUCCUUCACCUUCAUCUCCUUCCGUUGGUUAUUUGAAAGAAAUCGACCAACCGUACAUUUCAUCGGAUCACUUUCCCCAGACCCCGACAUCGCCUCCGUUGAUGUCGGUCAGCGCUCAGAGCCAUGCCAUUCACUUCGCAUCCUCGCAAACGUCACCUAGGCAGGCAACAUCACAGUCCGCAGACUACUCCUCAUUGCCUUCUUCGGAUCCGAUGUCUUCCCAGAUAUCGCAACAGCCGACCUUGAGCAGUACGACGACUUCCUUUCCGACUCCGGCUAGUAGUGUGAGUGGUCAUUUGGUGGACGCGGACAAGUCGACUGGUACUGGGAUGCAGGAACCUGGAUCAACCGCUAUGGCGGAUGCGGAUGCGGCCCUUACACAAACGCCCCCACAGCACACACGGACAGACCAUGACCGGGACAUGGGCGGGACCGAUCCCGGGACUGGAGUCCGCAAUUCUGCAAAUAUCGACGCAAUGGAGAUCGACAACAAUGACAACGGCGGUAGCAGCAAUAACGGGGGUGCGGCCUCGUCGGAGAAGAAUGGUUUCAAUUUAGAUUCCCUUCAAAGGGAAUUUACCUCGGCCUACCAUCUCUGCAAAAGCUCCCAUGUUGUGACUGGUCCAGACCCGUCGUUAGACCUUGUCUCACUGUACGGGCUCGGUCCGGCUGCGAAAUCAGUAGCACGGAUAGAUCCUGUCACGGGAGAUAAGAUCAACCGACUACGGAAAUCGUACGAAGGCAAGUUGAAAGGGCUUGGGCUGGCGGGCAGAAACAAGCCUGUCAAGAACGAGCCAGGCAUGCCUGGUAGUCUGAGACACCUCACCAUGUGGCCUGAAGAGGAAUGGCAGAACCAGAAGGUCUUUGGAAAGCAAAUCAAGGUUGCAGACAUGGAUUCGACAUUGCAACAGUUGCAGGUGAAAGCCAUGAAAUUGGAACCAGGCACCGUGCCCAACAACGAUUACUGGGAGGACGUGUUGGGUCAUGAGAAGCCGUCGAAAUACACGGGUGCAGGCGACGCUGGGAAAAAGACAGUUGCGCCUUCUGGGGGUGUUCGAGCGCCCAGUCAGCCGAACGGCAUACCCGCUUCCGCAGAGCUGGAGCGAAGUCGGCCCAGUCGCGGACAUAAGAGACGUUACGAUGACAACAGCUUUAUUGGUUACGGCGAAGGUUACGCAGAUGACGACGACGAAGGCGCAUUUUACUCAAACAGCGAAGGAAUCGGGAAGAAAAAGCGCAAGAAGGUAUGACGGGACUUUUUCUUGUCUCCGUAUAUCUUCUCUUCUUUUUAUUACUCGUCCGGCAAAGAUUGCUGAUGCUUUUGGUCGUUUGUUUCGGCUUCGUUUUCAAAAAAGGAUCACGUUCCGAAAGUGUCUACACCCUUUUCCGAGCGACUAGGGAAUGGCAUGUUUGGAAUUGGCGCCAGAUAAUCAAGAGGUUCAGCAA